AUGCAGUGGGGAAACUCCCGAACUCAGCUGAGGGAACUAAACGUAUACUCCAGUCUGGUAGUCGUUCAGCGUGCGGAGUCAAUCGAGAUUGAGCUGCAGACGGCGCAGGAAGAGUGCACGGUCAUGCAUGCGGAGGUGACGGCGAAGACGGCUACCAUUGAGGAACGAGAGACCAAGUUGGCCGAGAUGAAGGGGGAGUUGGAAGGGCUACAGAACGAGGUAGCGGACGCGGAAGCUCAGGAAGAAUAUGAUGCCUUGUUGAAGUCGAUUGAGGAAGAGGAAAGGGAGUGCAAUGAGUUGGAAGCGAACCUGGCUCAGCGACAAAGGGAUUUAAAGGCUAGGGAGCAGGUCUUGACUGAAGCAUUGGAGCAGUUGAGGUCCCAACGGAGGAGCACUUCGCGUUUGUCAGAUGGACCGAGUGGGAGUGAUGACGGGGAGUGUUUACAAGAAGAGGAUGAGACGGAGAGAGAUAUUCGCAUGUCGGAGUUACGGUUGAAGCUCGAGUCACAGAAAAUGGAGCUUGCUGUUCAAAAGGAACUCAGAGUGAAAAAUGAGAGGCUCAUCAAAGAUCUAGAAGACCGCAUUCAGUACACCACUCAUAAACAUAUCGUAUUCGUAUUCGUCCGGUCCCUCAGGCGUAUGGACUCACAACAGGAACAGAUCAUCGCGGAGCUCGUUCCGUCAAUGUGA